GACUCCGUCCAUCCAUCAUGUCCCCAGAGACGUCCGUGUUCUUACUCUGGUUGGUUCUCCUACAAGAAGGAGCCUCCAUCAGACCUGUGGUGACCUUCACUCCAAACUACAAGAAGAUAUUCACAACGGAGUCUAUAACAAUGACCUGUGAUGUGGAGGCUACUAGAGGAGAAGAUCUGAAGUAUAUAUGGUACAAAGACCAUGUGCAAGUGCACAGUGGAAAAUCCUAUACAAUACAAAAUGCUGGAACAUCACACAGUGGAAAUUACGGAUGUCAGACCAGUACUGGAGAAAUAAGCGACCCCGCUAGACUGGAUGUUAGUGAUAAUUGGCUCAUCCUGCAGACCCCUCUAUAUGUCUAUGAAGGAGAUGAGAUGACGUUACGAUGUCACCACUAUCCUGGAUAUGGAGGAAAACAUUCAAGAUUUUACAAGGAGGACAAAGUCAUUACAGACGGGAGCGAUGAUGAGGAAUUUCAUAUUAGUAAUGUAGACAGGACAAGUGCCGGGAAAUACAAAUGUACAAAAGAAGUCUUUUAUCGUUCAUCGUCUGCAUAUGCAGCUGAAGCUUCUGUAUCUGUAGAAGAGCUGUUCACAACUCCGACCAUAAAAGUGACCCCACAUCCCGUUUUUAAGAAGAAUAACAUGACCCUAAAAUGUGAGACAAGUCUCCAUCCUCCCAGACAAAACACACAGAUACUAUUUGCUUUCUACAGAGAAGGACGAAUUGUUCAGGGAUUUGGUGACAAGGACAUCUAUGAUGUCUCCAUGGUACAGCUGGAGCAUUCUGGGAAAUAUUCAUGUGAAGUGCAAACCACAGAUGGAAGAGUGAGGAAGAAAAGUGCAGAGGAACUAAUCCAGAUAGAGGAGCUAUUCUCACAUCCAAAUAUAAAAGUGACCAAUGAAUUUUUUGAAGGAGAUGUCUUGACCCUGACCUGUCACACAACUCUUCAUCCACACACAAAGCCUACAGAAGUGCAGUUUGCUUUCUACAGAGAUGGACAGAUGGUAGGGGAUUUUGAUUCAUCUAAUAAGUAUGAAGUUCAGACUGCUCACCUGGAGCAUUCUGGGAAUUAUACCUGCGAAGUAAAAUCCUUAACACACCCUACAAGGAAGAUCAGUAAUUGGUCUAACAUAUUGGUAAAAGAGCUCUUCUCCCCUCCAGUACUGAAAGUAUCUCCAGAGUUGGUCAACGAGGGGGAGAACAUGAUUCUAACUUGUGACACAAAACUUAGUGAACAUAGGCAGACUACAGAACUGCAGUACGCCUUCUACAGAGACGGGGAAGACAUUCAAGGGUUCAACUCUUCUAAUAUAUAUGAGGCUAAAUUCAUAAAGGAGGAAAAUUCUGGGACAUAUACAUGUGAGAUACAAGCAUCAAAUGGCAGUGUAAAGAAGAGGAGUAAGGAAGUUCAGAUAGAAGAAUGGCUCAUCCUGCAGACCCCUCUAUAUGUUUAUGAAGGAGAUAAGAUGAAGUUACGAUGUCACCACUAUCCUGGAUAUGGAGGAAAACAGACAAGAUUUUACAAAGAGAACAAAGUCAUUACAGACGGGAGCGAUGAUGAGGAAUUUCAUAUUAGUAAUGUAGACAGGACAAGUGCCGGGAAAUACAAAUGUACAAAAGAAGUCUUUUAUCGUUCAUCGUCUCUACAUGCAGCUGAAGCUUCUGUAUCUGUAGAAGAGUUGUUCAAGACUCCGACCAUAAAAGUGACCCCACGCCCAGUUUUUAAGAAGGAAAACAUGACCCUAAAAUGUGAGACAAGUCUCCAUCCUUCUAGACAGAACACUCGGCUACUAUUUACUUUCUAUAGAGAAGGACGAGUUAUUCGGGGAUCUGGUGACAAGGACAUCUAUGAAGUCUCCAUGGUACAACUGGAGCAUUCUGGGAAAUAUUUAUGUGAAGUGCAAACCACAGAUGGAAGAGUGAGGAAGAGAAGUGCAGAGGAACCAAUCCAGAUAGAAGAGCAAUUCUCAUAUCCAAAUAUAACGGUGACCAAAAAUCUAACAGCUGAAGGAGAUGCCAUGACCCUGACAUGUGACACGACUAUACAUAUAAAGCCUACAGAAGUGAAGUUCGCUUUCUACAGAGAUGGACGGGAGGUUCGAGGAUUUAAUUCAUCUAACAAAUAUGAAGUUCAGUUUGCUCAGCAGGAGGAUUCUGGGAAUUAUACCUGCGAAGUAAAAAACACAAUCAACACUACCAUGAAGACAAGUGAUAGGUACAACGUAUGGGUAGAAGAGCUCUUCUCUCCUCCAGUACUGAAAGUAUCUCCAGAGUUGGUCAACCAGGGGGAGAACAUGAUUCUAACUUGUGACACAAAACUUACUGAACAUAGGCAGACUACAGAACUGCAGUAUGCCUUCUACAGAGACGGGGAAAACAUUCAAGGGUUCAACUCUUCUAAUAGGUAUGAGGCUAAUUUCAUGAAGGUGGAAAAUUCUGGGACAUAUACAUGUGAGAUACAAGCAUCAAACGGCAGUGUAAAGAAGAGGAGCAAGGAAGUUCAGAUAGAAGUGUCAUAUCACUCUUCUCUAAUGAUCAUACUAUCUGUAAGUUUGGGGCUGCUCCUACUCAUCGUCAUCAUCUCUAUCUUUGUGUUUGUAUACAAUAAACGCCGAUCAUCCAACAAUAACCCUCAGCCACCAACAGACGCUGACGAAUACUCUGAUGCAGAUAAUGAAUACUCUGAUGCAGAUAAAAUUACUUAUACAAACCUUGCCAUGACUAGGGGGCCACAGAAUGAUGUUCCAGAAAACAAUGGAUCUGAUGUUGUCUAUGCUGUAGUAAACUCCAAGGCUAAACUACAAGCCAAGGCUUCCCAAAGAAUGUCUGACACUUCAACCGACGUCUAUCAGAACAUCGGCUCCAAUAGAUAAAAUCAUCUCCAAAUGUGACCAUCAAGAAGAAAAAAAAACAAAAAAAAACACAAUUGUAUAAAUCAGCAAAAUUGAUGCACGUAGUGGAGAACAUAGUUUUUGCCUUUAUAUACAUUACUACACCACCAGAAUGAUGACAGGUUAAAUCUACUUAUUAUGUACAACUAUAUCAGUAGUCAGCACAGAAAUGUAUUUUCCUCAAAGAGACAAUCGGCCGUUUUACCUUCCUGUGGAUCAACAUUGUAUUGUAUUUAGCUGAACUUUUUAGCCUUUUUGUGCCUUAACCUCCCUGGCGGUAAUCCCGAGUGUGGAUCGGGGUUAACUUUCACUGCCAGAAGCGGUAACCCCAAAUCACACUCGGACCGCAAAACACCGACGCCGCACAUGGCCGGCACUUACAUAGAAAAGUCCUAUUCUUGUCCGCAGCUGUGGACAAGAAUAGGACAUGUUCUAUUUUCUUGCGGACGUUCAGGGCCGCGCUCCGGAAAUACAGAUGCGGAUAGCACACUGUGUGCUGUCCGCAUCCAUUCCUGCCCCAUUGAAAAUUGGGUACAAAAUUACUGACAUAAUCAGACCGCCAGGGAGGUUAAGAACCACGUGACCACACUGCUACCCACCUAUGACAAAGUCAUCUACUGAUCAUACAUCUUAUUUAUUUGCACGACGUAUCAAACAGGGGCUUAAGGCCUCCAUAUUCAAUUGUGUAUUUUGGCGGAACCUGCAAAUAUGGAUCUGAUCACCUGGUCCUUUUGUUUUUCCGGGAGAUGCGUUGCCGCCAGAAGUGUCUGGCAGUGGCUUUCUCCGCUCUCCCCAUUAAAUACACUUACAUGUUCAGCCGAGUGUGUAUGGCCACCUUUAGGCCUAGGGCAGACUGAGCAGUAGGACAGUUGGCCACUUUAAACACCCCUACAUAAGACGGAGGCCUUCUGUUGCACCUCCAUCCGAAGCAGUCACCUCCAGUUUCAUUCAGCACCCGUCUAGUACGCAUUUGUCUCAGAAUUUCAUCUGCAAGAUCUGAAAUGUUGAAACAAAAUAUGCAACAAUACUGUGGAUUCAAGGCAAGCUGCAGAUUUUCUUCACCGAAUCCACAAUGAAACCUGCAUAUACCCCAAGUGGAUUUGACUGCAGAGUUUGGCAGAGAUUUUUAGUUUGAAUCAACAGUGUAAUUUUUACUCUAUGAACUCAAUCCCAAUGAGCUGGGUGCCUCACAUUAAUUAUGGCAACUGGACUUAUUGUAGUUAUCUUGAAAACGUUUCACUCAUUCUUCCAACGAGCUUUCUCAAUUCUGAGUGACUGUACAAGAAUUCUCUGGAAAUAAAUAUGUAACUGAAUCAACAUCUGG